AUGGGCAUUCCGCGCACACUGAGCCUGCACGAGUCAGCGCUCUCGCCAGCAGAAUACUCGUCAUAUGUCUCGCUCUUUCAUGACCUCGUAGAACCUCCAGACGCGACCGUCGGUGUUCGCGAGGCAAAGGCGUUUCUCAGAGGCCGACUGAACACAAUCGAUGUCGUCCAAAUCGACAAGAUCCUCCGCUUCUUCUGCCCCGCACUCGCGGCUGGUGACCAGCUUUCAGAAGGCCAAUUCUACGCUGCAAUGCGUCUUAUUUCACACGUAAAUGCUGGUCGCACAGAUAUAGAACCUGCGCUCGUCUUUGUUCAACCUCUGGAAUCUUCGAUUCCUCUCUCGGGUAGCAGCGUUCAAGCCUCUUCACCACCGAGACAAGAUACGUCGACCCCGACGACCAACGCCACUUACAACUCGAACAAUCCUUUUGUUGCUCGGGGUCGUUCUACUACCACGACGAGUAAUCCAGCUGGAACGACAACGACCAGUGGACGUCCCUUUUCCAAUUCCAUCUCCAAUUCUGCUUCUGCACUCUCCUCCGAUGAAGGCUCCGUUCCAGACUUUGCACAUGUACACUCUCGCGCUUCAAGUUCCCCUGCUCCGUCUGUACCAAAUCCGUUCUUUGCCCGAGCCAACUCAAUUCCACAAAGCAUGAUGGUCGCCCCCGCUCUUCCCCCCGCCCCGACACAGGCACCUUCUUCUGUAUCAUCUUCAAAACCUGUAGGAGUUCCCAAUGCUCCUCCAGCGCUGCCACCUAGAAAGCCAACCUUUCUCCCUCCACCCCGCCAUGCCAGUCAGCAACAAGUUCCUCAAGCAUCAGUCCCUCCACCACUUCCCUCCAAGUCUCCUGGUAGCGUAGGCUCCAACUCGACCCUCCCAUACAAGGAGAGAGAGCCGCCACUGAAGCCGCCAAAACCACCGAUGCACAUUACCGCAUCGACGCGUCCCCCGACCCAGGCGACGUCACCCCUCAUCGAGCGAGGCCUUGCAGCGGCCAAGAGUGCGCAGAGAAGUGCAGAGAGAAGCGUCGAAAAGCUUCGUACGUGGGAGAUUAUCAAGUCUAGUAGCUCGCCCAGCUCUGUGCCUAUCUUCGACGGCAGUCGGCCCGAAGAACGGGAGAGGGCGUCCUCUGUGUCGAGUGCAGAGAGAAAUGGGACCGUCCGGAUACAUAGUACUACACGGCAUACGAGGAGCGUCUCCCGAGCUGGUGAGCCUGUAGAAGCCAUGUCCCCUGGCGGAGAUCCAUUCGACACACCGACGCGCGACGACCCUAUCACAUCACCAGUCUCGGACGGUGCUUUCAUUGUGAGCACACCGAAUCCUGCUACCCGCGUCGCCGCUCCAAAUCUCUCCACAAUGGAACGUCAAUCUGUACAGAUUGGAUCGACGACGCCUGGUUCGGAUACUGCCGCUCAACCAUCUUGGAUGCCGGCCGAGGGGUUUGGUAGCGUUCGUCGACGAGCCGCUGCCUACGAGGAAGGGCAGGAUGGUCCCUUUAGAGAUAGCAGCAGUGGCUCUGUACGACUUGCUAAACGGAACUCGAGUUUGGGUCAUGGGCUCGGACAAGCGCCUUCGGACGCAUCCACCACGAGCUCGAUUGCUGGUGGUGCGAGUACCAUGGCAUCACAGGGCAUCGCAUCGUUGCAGCAACAUUUCCACAAUCUCGGUGUCAAGGCACGUCCAGGGCUCGAAAGUGCACGUGCCAAAGUGGAAGGCAAGUUUAUCCACGGAGGAUACAGCAAGUGGGGCGCAGAGUCGCUCAAUUCAUCUCCCGAGAAGCAUGCGGGCGGUGUAGGCACGCUACGACGAAAUUUUGGGACGCGCAAGCCUGGUGCGAGUGAUGAAGGGAGCGACGAGUUUGAGGAUGCAGACGACUUGCUCAGCACCGAUGACGAUGUACAUCGGAAUGGAUGGAAGCCGCUCAAAGGAUGA